UCUACUCUAACCACAGAUUCUCAGUCCACUCCAGCCAGCCUCCAUCUUCUUAAGGGCAGGAGCCAUCUUGCUCACAUCCCUGGACCUAACUUGCUAAAUAAUUAUUCAUGACUUCAUCAGGAUGGAAAAAGAGCCAAGAGCUGAGGGCCUUCUGGGGUCCAGCUCCGCUACUGGCUGCAGAACAGACUUCACCUCCUUCUCUCUUCUUGCUUUCACUUUGUGACUCAGCACUGGGAGUGCAAGUGUGGUUGGUGACAGUGCGACUGACACCUACCCCAAGCCAGAGAACUUCCAAAAACCAGCCUGAAGAUGACACAAGACAACAAGAAGCACAGGUCUAGGAGGUCUGUGAGAUCCUGAGUCAUACCCGUGCCUUGUCCUUAGGGACAAUAUAUCUGGAAAGAAGAAACACCAGCAGUUCUGACCCGGCAGACCUUCAGGAAAGAUGCAGCCACUCCUGCUCUUAUUGGCCUUUCUUCUGGCUCAUGAGGCUGGCACAGAGGACAUCAUCGGAGGACAUGAGGCCAAGCCCCACUCCCACCCCUACAAGGCCUUGGUUCAGUUUCUGCUUAAGGACCAAAAGAACAGGUGCAGCAGUGUCCUCUUGAGAAAGGAUUUUGUUCUCACUGCUGCUCACUGCUGGGGAAGCCCAAUCAUGGUCACCCUUGGGACCCAUAACAUUCAGGAGCAGGAGAGGACCCAGCAGGUCAUCCCUGUGAGAGAAGCCAUCUGCCACCCAGACUAUAAUCCUAAGAACUUCGUCAAUGACAUCAUGUUACUAAAGCUGGAGAGAAAGGCCAAGCAGACUGCAGCUGUGUGGCCACUCAGCCUGCCCAGGGGCACAGCCCAGGGAGACUCCUGGGGCCCCCUCAUCUGUGAAAACAUGGCUCAGAGUAUUUGCUCCUAUGGACAAAAGAACGGGACCCCUCCAGCAGUCUUCAUGAAGGUCUCACACUACCUGCCCUGGAUAAAGAGAACAAUGAAGUGUUUCUCACAGCAGGUGUCAUGCUGACCUUCCUCUCUGCUUGACCACCUUUUCUGGGGCAGAGGCAGGACUCCCAUGGGGCGGGGAGUGGGACUGAGGUGCCAUAAUAAAUGGAUCUCUAGCGAGUGUGACUGAAGUCUCACUGACUCACUGAAC